AACGGAAGUGAGGGCGGGCGGCCGGGCGUGCGCCUGGGGCGGGAUGGAGCAGCAGCAGCAGCAGCUGAGAAACUUGCGGGACUUCCUGUUGGUCUACAAUCGGAUGACGGAACUCUGCUUCCAGCGCUGCGUGCCCAGCCUGCACCACCGAGCUCUGGAUGCCGAGGAGGAGGCCUGUCUGCACAGCUGUGCCGGGAAGCUGAUCCACUCCAACCACCGCCUCAUGGCCGCGUAUGUGCAGCUCAUGCCUGCCCUGGUACAGCGCCGCAUCGCAGACUACGAGGCUGCCUCAGCCAGGCCCGGUGUUGCGGCCGAACAGCCCGGAAACUCGCCUGCAAGCAGCUAGCCAUCCCCCACCCCAGGGAGGGAGGCACUGGAUGGACCCUCAGGUGGAAGGAGCCAGUGCACCUUGGGCUGGGUGCAGCCUGUAUAUAGAGAGCAAGGAGUUGCCUGAGAGCUGGGUACUGUGGCUCCUUUUCCUGGAACUAGUAAGCCCGCUUUUAUUCUGUUUGGUUUAUGUUCUGGGCAGGGAAGCUUUGCCCGUUUCAUUAGCACCAUCCUUUGUUCUGUCAAUGCAUGUCUGCUGGCUUCAACCCUUGCAGCAGAGAAAUUGCCUUCUAUGUGUAGAAGAAAAAGUCAGCAUUCACUCCCAAGCACCUGGUUAAAGCAAGGUCUGUGGGUACAAUUUUAAGGUUGGUAAUCGCAACAGGAAGGUGGUUCCUGGCCAGAUGACAGAGAAAAUGGGAGCUCUGUCUAGCUGUCAUUAACUUAAAUCUGUCUGACUUCAAUGGCUCACUUGUGAGCUGGGUAUGCAUUCAUUCAUAAUUUUUUUUUUUUUACUGUGUCUUACAAAAAGGAAUUCUGCUAGAUUUAGGGAAAGGAGGAGGUAUCUAACGACAACAUAUCAAGAAAUCACAGGGUGUUUAGGUACUACCUUUUUACAAGUCAGUAGCUCCAGAACAGAUGAAACCUAUAAGUUCUGGGUAUUCAUUCUGAAACUAACCAUAUCCCCAGGUUGUUCCUUUCUUACUAUUUUCUGUCUUCCUGAAUGAGCAAUAAAACAUUUAAGCAAAGAA